AUGGUAUCACAGCUGGACCCCCCCAGCUCCUGGACGGCCGAGUGGCCGAGGGCCGGUCGAGACCCAGGUGCCCUUGUUGCUGGGCGAUGGAGGGCGGCAGGGACGUACGAAGCCCAAAUCCAUCACCUGGAGACCCGGCCCGCCCAGAGGCCGCGGGCAGGGGGCCCGCACCUGGAGUACUUUGUGCGCUGUGAGGUGCCCAGCGCCGACCUGCCCGCCCUGCUCAGCUCCGUGCGCCGCGUGGCUGAGGACGUGCGUGGCGCCGGGGAGAACAAGGUCCUCUGGUUCCCAAGGAAAGUUUCCGAGCUGGACAAGUGCCACCACCUGGUCACCAAGUUUGACCCUGACCUGGACUUGGAUCACCCGGGUUUCUCGGACCAGGCGUACCGGCAGCGCAGGAAGCUGAUCGCCGAGAUAGCCUUCCAGUACAAGCACGGCGACCCCAUUCCCCGCGUGGAGUACACGGCCGAGGAGAUCGCCACCUGGAAGGAGGUCUACACCACCCUCAAGGGCCUCUACGCGACCCACGCGUGCCGCGAGCACCUGGAGGCUUUCCAGCUGCUGGAGCGCUUCAGCGGGUACCGGGAGGACCGCAUCCCACAGCUGGAGGACGUGUCCCGCUUCCUGAAGGAGCGGACGGGCUUCCAGCUGCGGCCCGUGGCCGGCCUGCUGUCCGCCCGCGACUUCCUGGCCAGCCUGGCUUUCCGGGUGUUCCAGUGCACCCAGUACAUCCGGCACGCCUCGUCGCCCAUGCACUCCCCCGAGCCGGACUGCUGCCAUGAGCUGCUGGGGCACGUGCCCAUGCUGGCCGACCGCACCUUCGCUCAGUUCUCCCAGGAUAUCGGGCUCGCGUCCUUGGGGGCUUCCGACGAGGAGAUUGAGAAGCUGUCCACGCUGUACUGGUUCACGGUGGAGUUCGGGCUGUGCAAGCAGAACGGGGAGGUGAAGGCCUACGGCGCCGGACUGCUCUCCUCCUACGGGGAGCUCCUGCACUCUCUGUCUGAGGAGCCCGAGAUCCGGGCCUUCGACCCGGAUGCCGCGGCCGUGCAGCCCUAUCAGGACCAGACCUACCAGUCUGUCUACUUCGUGUCCGAGAGUUUCAGUGACGCCAAGGACAAGCUCAGGAACUACGCCUCCCGCAUCCAGCGCCCCUUCUCUGUGAAGUUUGACCCGUACACCCUGGCCAUCGACGUGCUGGACAGUCCCCGCGCCAUCCGGCGCUCCUUGCAGGAUGUGCAGGAUGAGCUGCACAGCCUCGCCCAAGCGCUGAGCGCCAUCGGCUAGGGCGGGCGGAGACCCUCGCGCCUCCCCGGCCCCCGCCCAAGUGAGGGGCUGGGCCACCGGGCACCCCCGGGGCCUGCCGGAGACCGUCCCUGCUGGAGGGCACCCCGCUGACCCCCGCCCCACCGCUUGGCAGCUCGGCCUGCCCCU